AUGGCGUCUGAAUCAUCUACACGUAUGUAUUUAACUGUAGAUGUUCAUUACAGUGGAGUAUUUGCCCGAAAUCCGUUGAAAUACUUAGACCUCGAAAAGAUAACAGUGCGUGAUGUCGAUUUUGGAGGGUUUUCCUACAAAGAGUAUCUUUUGUGGCUUAGGAAUUUAACAAAUGGAAGUUGUGAUAAUGUGUACUACUGUAGUAGAAAGGAAACCUUAGGUGAGGGUAUUAUAAGAAUCGACAGUGAUGUUGAUUAUUGGGAGUUUGUUGAAGCUACUUAUACUCCUGAAGCUGAGUUGGAUGUCUACAUUGACCAACAAAAUGAUCCAAUCCUUGAUUGGGUUGAAAAUGAGGUGUUAUCAGAUGGUAAUGGGUAUGAUAGUGAAGAAGAUGAUGAGAAUGUAGAAGAGGAUGAUAGUGAAGAAAAUGAUAACUUGGAUGGUAUUAUGGCAUAUGAGCAUGAAGAUGAUGAAGAAGUCCAUACCUUUAACAAAACUGUUGGUGACAAUUUUUUAAACAAACUUUCAGGUAAGCUUAGUGAUGAUAAUGAACCUAAUGAUGGAAAAUAUGAGAAGGUUGUAUUCCCUAUCCAUGAUGAGAACCAAGCAUGGGAUAAGAUGAUGCCAAUUCUAGGUAUGAAGUUUGCAAACCCAAUGCAAUUGAAGCUAUGUCUAACCAAUUAUGCAGUGAAGAAUGGGUAUGAAUUGUGGUAUGAAAAAAGUGAUCAUAACAGGUUACUGGUGAAGUGUUGUAAAGGUAUGAAGAACAAGAAGAAUAAAGAUUCUCCAGAAACCAAAAAUGAGUGUGAGGCUAAAGUUAGCAAGACAUUUAAUUUGAUUGCAAGUGUGGGACAGUGCAGAAAUGCAAGGAGGUAUGCAUUUAAGGAGAUAGAGGGUACUUUAUAG